CUUUCUUUCUGUCUCCUCUCGGCCUCUGUCGCUCCGCCUGUCUCCCCACCACCAACACCUCUUCUGCCUGGUCCGUCCAGCUAGUUACUCUACACUCUAGGUGAAGAUGUCUGCCCAGAAGAGCUGCCUCAGCCUCAUCAAGUACUUCCUCUUCGUUUUCAACCUCUUCUUCUUUGUCCUAGGAAGCCUGAUUUUCUGCUUUGGUAUCUGGAUCCUUAUUGACAAGACCAGCUUCGUGUCGUUUGUGGGUUUGAGCUUCGUGACCCUGCAGAUCUGGUCUAAGAUCCUGGCCAUCUCAGGAAUCCUCACCAUGGGCCUGGCCCUCCUGGGUUGUGUAGGGGCCCUCAAGGAGCUCCGCUGCCUUCUGGGUCUGUAUUUUGGGAUGCUGCUGCUCCUGUUUGCCACUCAGAUCACCCUAGGAAUCCUCAUCUCCACUCAGCGGCUCCGGCUGGAGCGAAGGGUGCAGGACAUCGUGCUAGAAGCCAUCCAAAACUACCGCGCCGAUCCGGAGGAGACAGCAGCUGAGGAGAGCUGGGACUAUGUGCAGUUCCAGCUGCGCUGCUGCGGCUGGCACUCCCCGCAGGACUGGUUCCCGGUCCUAAUUCUAAGAGGCAACGGGUCGGAAGCGCACCGGGUGCCCUGCUCCUGCUACAACUCCUCGGCGGCGACCAAUGACUCCUCAGUCUUCGAUAAGAUUAUCUUCCCCCAGCUCAGUCGGUUCGGACCGCGGGCACGACCCAGGCACAGUAUGGACAUCUGCGUGGUCCCUGCAAAUGGUCAUAUCUACCGCGAGGGCUGCGCGCAGAGCCUCCAGAAGUGGCUACACAACAACCUCAUCUCCAUAGUGGGCAUUUGUCUGGGCGUCGGUCUACUCGAGGUGAGUGUGAUGGUGCUGAGCUUACAGUUGCAGCGCAAAGCACUCCGCCCGGAACCCGAGUCGCAAAUCCCCGGCAGUGGUGGUUCAAGCUCUCCGCCCUGCCUUAGCGCCGACAGUGGUGGCGGUCGCUGUGGCGUGCUCACCAGCAGCGGGCGUACCAGUGCUCCCUGGGGUGGAUGGGGCAUGGCAGGUGCCUGCCCCAACUGGGGGGACAAGGUCCCGCAGGGCAAGCUUCCCAUGGCCCUGGGGCCCUGGCGGCUUUCGGAUCAAGACGAGGAGCAGCCCGAUACCGGGAGCUCUAGCGCAGAGAUGGAGGCUGAGGCGGACGUAGAAGCCGAAGUGGAGGGGGAAACAGAUAAGCCUCCAGAAUAAAGGACCCUAGGCUUGCUUCUGACCUGACUCCUUCUCGGGCUCAACCCCACCGCCUCCCCACCUGUUGCAACAGGACUUCCCGGCUCUCAACUUACCCCACUUCUUUCUCUGGCCCCACCCACUUUCUACCUACCCCCAACACACACGCGCGCGCGCGCACACACACACACACACACACACACUUAGCAGCUUAGGCGCCUUAUUUUCUUGCCCUGACCCCACCCCCUGACUUUUCUGCUUUCAGGGACAAAGUCACACCCCUGUUGCUGGAAGCCCUUCGACAUUUCUGAUCGCGUCUU